AUGUCUAUUAAAGUGGCUAUCAUCGGCGCUGGUCCUGCAGGCUGUAUGCUUGCCCGCCUCCUCCUCCCCCAUCCGAACAUCCAGGUCACCGUCUUUGAGUCCGAGCCGUCGAUCAACUACCGCCAUCAAGGAGGCACGCUCGACCUGCACGAGAAGACCGGUCUGCACGCUGUAAGAGAGGCAGGCCUGUACGAUGAAUUCCUGACCCAUGCCCGCUUCGAUGGCGAAUCCUUUCACCUCUGCGACGAGCGGCUCAAGACGUAUAUCAAGAUGGAUCCCGCCACGGAGAAUUCCUCGCGCGGACGUCCCGAGAUCGACCGCUCUGCUCUGCGACAGAUGCUUGCCGAAUCGCUCCCAAAGGAUAUGCUGCGAUGGGGCCACAAACUCCACCGUGUCCGCGAUGACAGUGACAGCCACCGCCGCACCCUCGAGUUUGCCGACGGCACCACCGCCUCGGGAUUCGACCUCAUCGUCGGCGCAGAGGGGGCGUGGAGUAAAGUGCGGUCCUCGUGUCUGUCGAAGACUAAACCAGAGUACUCGGGGAUCGGCGGGUUUUCACUCUCCAUCCCCGACGCCGAGACGACGGCGCCGGAAUGCCAUGCGCUCGUGAACCGGGGCUCCCUCUUCGCCUACUCGACCGGCCAGGCAUUGCUGGUGCAGCAGCUGGGAGACGGGAGUAUCCAGGUCAACGCGUGGAAAGUCAGGCCGGAAGGAUGGGAGAAGAAAAUGAUGACGGGUGCUGGCGACGGCGAUGACUACUGGACGACAGACGGGCCUACGGUGCGCGAAUCAAUCAAACGAGAUUGUCAGGCUUGGGCGCCCGAGCUGGUGGAGCUGGUCGAAAAGGCCACGGACGAUACCCGGCUGUCGCACCGCUCGCUCUACCACCUGCCCGUGGGGUUUCGAUGGGAUCACCGCGCCGGAGUGACGCUGCUGGGAGAUGCGGCGCAUGUCAUGUGUCCCUUCACAGGGGAAGGUGUCAACCAUGCCCUGGAGGACGCGGUGGCACUUUCACACGCCAUCAUCGCCGCCGCCGCCACCGCCGCCGUUUCACCCACCGAUGACAUGUUGGCAGUCAUGGACCGUGGACUCAUCAAGUACGAAUACGAGUUGGCCGCACGGUCUGCCGUCUUCACCAAGCGCGUCCAUCAAGUCACCCGCCUCAUGUUUUUCACCGAGGGUGCCCCCGGGUCGGUCAUCGAGCGCUUCGUCCUCCAGAACAUGAAGACCAUGAUGCCCUCGGCCUUGUAUAUGGCGGCCUAUCCUCUGACUGUGGCAAGUGUCUACGGCUAUUAUUUCUUUCACAAGCGUCGAGAAAAGAGGAUAGAUGGAUAG